GGCAAGCGACGAGAAUUUUCAGCUAUCAAUCUACACCUCCCUCUUGCUGCGUUCUCUCUAGCCGCCAGUUGAAUGUGGCCGCGGGUGCAAGUAGAGGUCUAUGGGGCUACCAUUGACUGGGACUUGGAGCCCCCUGAACUCAUAGAGGGGGAUCUGGUCGAGCUCACGAUCCCCGAGCGCAACAUUCGACACGUUGACGGCCAGUUUGCGUGGAGGKCCAUAAUCUUGUCCGAGGACGUGUGGCUUUGGACGUACAGAGAGCACCGGCCGGGGCAAGGAGUGGGCGUAGUGAGAGCCUACUUGUAUUUGGGACCAGGUGCGGUCAGGGAGGCCGUGGUGCGCCUCGCGACGACAGGGACGAGUGGCACAGUUAGCAGGGCGUUACGCUACCUAGGGAAAGAGGUAGCUGCCUUCCGAGCGGAGGACUCGAGCGACCCGUUGACCCUAUUUCACGGACGCCCUCCUCUUGAUAUCACGGGCGAGCUGGUGGUAGCACGGGACGGGUUUUUCCCGUACAGCGUUAGGAGUCUGCGGGCGAUAGUUCCGACGUUCGUAGUAGAGAACGUCUUUGGAGGUACUGGUGGAGUGGUCGAGACAUACCUGGCCUAUCAGGAUCUCAAGGUCCUGGCGAGAAGGCCUGCCGACCUAGACUACAUCUAUUAUUCGCUCGCAACCGGUGGGCCUCGUUGGGGAGACGAGAGGGUUCAGCUUAUAGAGCUGAUCCACUCGAUAGACGAUGAGUGGCCCCAGUCUCCGUGCGUUUGGGAUUGGCUAGACCGUGAGCUCCGAGCAGGCCCCGAGUACGUGACCUGCAUCGGGCGGCUCUUCUCAGACGACUGGGAGAGCUGGUGGGGUGAGGACGCCGGACGACCUCUGAUAUACGGCCAUCAGUUGGCGCAAUGCUACCAGGGUAUAGGACAGGCGCCAUACCGCGUCGAGGACGUGUUUGACGACGAGGGUUGGGAGCGAGAGGACGACGAGGACGCCUGGGAGCCAAACUGGGUCGACCCAGAGAGUGAUGUUGACGAGGAGGAGAUUGACGUCCAGGCUGCAACGACUGUCAUAGGGUCGGGCUGUAACAGUUGGCAAGAAUACCUAACUGCGUCUUCUGGCGGUCCAAUGGAACCCGACAUGAUGGGGCCACAACCGACCACGGGCGAAGUGGGAGAGGAGUAUAGGACAUCACCCGAUCGAGCUCUGAGGGAUCUGAAGGAACGAAUUAGGCAAGAAGCACCGCUGAGAUGGGCUGACCAAACCAAUGACGGAGGGCCCGACGUAAGAGGCGAACCAGUUGCGACAGAGCCGCAAAAGGCUCUAAAGACAGGUACCUCGAGCAGACGACGAGAAGCGACGAGGCGACGCUCCCCCGAGUACGAGCGGAGGGACACCAUAACAGACAGACACAGAGACGACUGGAGAGAGAAUUUGAGGGAUUCCUAUUGGAGGGACAGAGAUAGAGACAGUGCGCCGCCCAGGCGAGUCUUCGACCCCCAGACAGGGGAGUCACAUCCGCUCCCUUACGAGAGCAAGGAUCGCUAUAUCAUUAUGCACAAGGCCUCAGAGCCUCCUACCUUCAGGGGCUAUGGUAUCACAGAAUAUCUGGAGAAGUGGGAGCUUCACGCCAGCCGAAGUCAGUGGUCGGAGGAAGAGAUUAUAGAGAAGUUAAGGAAGCUCGACCCAAGUCUCGGUAGGGAAGUUAAGGAAGCUCGACCGAAGGAUGGAAAAUGGACUACGUACAAGAAGAACCUCGUUGAGCUUUACAAAUUUGAGGAUAAAAAGUAUUUCAUCAAGGACCUUGAAACAAUGACUCAAGAUGAAGAUGAGAGCGUACGGGCAUUUGGGAUGCGUUUCCAGAAGAUCUCCGACGUGCUGAUGAAGAAGGGGAAGAUCUCAGAGGUCGAGCGCUGUACUAUCUUCAUCGGACACUUGUCCAAAGGUAGGCAAAAAAGUAUACUUAGAGAUCUUCCGCGCGACAGGCUUGAUUUCCCAGAAGUCCUAAAGCUCGCGAUAAAGGCAGAGGCAGACGAUUACAAGGACUUGGUGUGGAGAGGGAUGAGGAAACGUGAUUUCUCUCUCUACAAGGAGUAUGCCACGGAUAGAUGUCCUGAUUUCAAGGACUAUCCCUGGUCGGAGAAGAAUGAGGCCGUGGCUGAGGAAGUGAACCGAGACAUGGUGAAGGGAUUGACGAGACAGGUUACAGAGAUUGUAACCACUACAGGGGCCACGGCCUAUCGGGACAAACCUGGAGGGCCCUAUUCACUUCGCUGGGACCGUAGGAAAAACGAUCCCUGGAGGAGUGUCGAGGAUAGAAAUCCUCGGACGCUGACUGAUUAUCGUAAGAGGGGAAGAGAAAGAGACGAUGAGCCAUGGCGACGUAGGGACGAUGAGAUAGACCGAGACCGCAGAGAUCGCGAGCCAUACGAGAGGUCGGGUCGAGAUGGCUACAGAGGUGGUAGGUAUGAAAGAGGAGAUCGGGACUGGGAACGACAAGAUGGGUCGCGCGGACGGUUUGAGCGCGGGGGAGAUGUGAAAGAGCAGUGCGACGAGUCGCGGGGAUGGUACAACCGAGGGGACCGCCGGAAUGAUUCGCGAGGACGGUAUGAGCAAGGAGGGUCUGGAGGAGACCGCCGCAACGAUUCGCGCGGUCGGAAUGAGAGAGAGGGAUAUGGCGUCUCAUCAGAAUCAUAUCCCAAGUCGCCUGACCCCAAGGCAGCCAGGAGUUCGAUCUCGAGAAGCGCAGACGACAGACCAUCUACUCCUAGGAACUCAUGCGUCUACUGUAGAGGAGAAGAUCAUAUCAAGAGGGAUUUCCUGGACCUCAAACGGGCAAUAGAUGAGGGACUUGUCGUGCUUGACGACCGUAAGUACGUCAAGUGGGCAGAUGGUCUGGGAGAUGUAUCGAUGUUCCCUUUGAUGAAGGAGAAUGUAGAAGCAAAGAGAGUAAAGCCGAGUAAAGAAAAGGAGCUGGUCAGGAGCCAGAGCAUCAAGAUAACCUUUGAGGGAGAUAUGGCGACCACACCCAUAAGGGUGACAGCCACCAAGGAUGAGACAGAGGUUGUACCUGGAGUUAGAAGAUUCAUCGAGCAGCACCUAACAAAUAUUUGCGCGGUACUCGAGCAGCUGGACGAUGCAAAUUUAACAGUCAGCGGAACAAAGAGCCGAUGGGCCGUCUCGACUAUUAAGAUCUUGGGCUUUAUCUGUGACUCGAGAGGACGCCGAGCCGAUCCGGCGAAGUUAUACAAACUUCUGAACUGGCCGUCACUGUUACAUAGCCCAACCGAGGUCCGGCAGUUUCUAGGAGUGGUCGGUUACUGGCGUAUAUUCGUACGGGGGUAUGCGGAGAAGGUUGAGCCAUUGAGGUUACUCUUUCGAAAGACUGAAAAAUUCUAUUGGGAUUCUUCGCAGGAACUCGCUAUGCAAGAACUUAAAGACGAAUUUAAGGAGGGAGGACGCGUGUUGGGCGUGCCAUUCUUUGACGAUGAGACCAAGAAACCCUUCAUAGUUUCCACGGAUGCUGGACCAUGUUCAGAAAGCAAAAAGGAUCAGCGAGAGCACAAUGCUCGGCUAGAAGCCAUGAUGAGGAACAUGCGACCCAUUGCGGUUCGAGCCUUCUUGGGACUGGCGUCGUACUACCGGCGCUUCAUCAAGGGCUUUGCCGCGAUUGCACGACCACUAACGAACCUGUUACGAAAGGACCAGCCUCUCAGCUGGGACGCGAAGUGCCAACAGACCUUUGCAACCCUCAAGGAUGCUCUGGCAACGGCCCCUAUUUUGAUUCGACCGGACCCCUCGAAGCAGUUCAUUCUUAUCACGGACUGGCAACCGGAAGCUAUUUCCGCUAUUCUAGCGCAGAAGGGGAACGAUGGUCGCGAACACGUCAUCGAGUACGCGUCACGAACCGUGUCGGACGAACGAAGGAACGACUCAGCGCCUCAAGGCGAAUGCUAUGUAGUGCUCUGGGGAAUCCAGCACUUCCAUCCGUAUCUCUACGGACAGAAGUUUCGCCUCUUGACGGAUCACGAGCCUCUGCUAGCUUUGAAGAAGCUCACCAACUACACGGGCAUGAUUGGUCGUUGGGCGGUGCGACUACAAGAACACGACUUCGAUAUCGUCCAUCGAAAGACAGAGCGACACGGCAACGCGGACGGGCUGACACGUCUGCAUCGACCUGCCAAGUGGGCGGCGCUGAGAGCAGAAGAGGAGGCCGAAGAGGAAUCGGAAGGAGAAUUGAGGAGAGAGGCCAGGGAAGCAGCGGCCCGAUUGGCCGAGGACGAGGAAGAAGAGCGCGAAGCAGAAGAAGAGUCGGCGGAAGCUGAAGAAGAAGAAGAAGAAGAAGAAGCAGAGGAGGAGACUUCGGAGGAAGAGGAAGAGGCCUAUAGCGAGUAYAGYGAGGGMGAGCAAAGUGAGGAGGAGGACGAAGACGACGAAGAAGUGGAAAGCGGGGACGACCAGGAGCCAACGCACGACGAGCUCGAGUGGGUGCCAGGACCGGAUCGGCGAGAGGAGAACCCGGAGGCUGUUGCGCAGCGCAAGAAGGAGAUCGCGGAAGGAAAGCGGUUGGCCAUCGAUCCCGCACCGAACGAUCCUUUCAAGGAUCCCGAGCCGCCCAAGCCGGAACAUGGAGACCUUGCUGCCACGACCUCGGGAGCCACGACGGCAAGGCGCCGAUCCCGAUCCCGAUCCACGUCCCCCUCCGCCUCCGCCCGUCCCCCAAUUCGUCAACGUGUCAAUGAGGGGCUUAGCCCUUCGUCCCCGAUCCAUAUACCACCAUCCCCUUAGCUAUCUCUCUUUCAAUCAGUAUUUCCAUCGCGUCGUCUACGCUCGUAAUCCCUUCCCCAUCG